AACACGUAGCGAGGAGAGAGGGCAGUCAACAAAAUCCUUCCGUCGCGCCAAUUCAAAUCAGUGCGCUUCCAGAAGUGUGAUACAAGUCAGUGAACAGUGAGUUCAGCCAAUAGUGAAACAAGAUUGAUAUCUACCUUCUCGUACAUUGUUCGACUUUAAGAUAACAACCAUUGGCGGGAUUGGCAAAUUUCCACCUACAAGAUCGUCGCCUGAUAAAAGAUGAUGGACGUGUUGAAAGUCCUACUAAUAGUUCAAACCUUGGCUGUUUCCUCUAUUUACGUUGUGGCAGAAGACAAAAAAGUAUGCCACAAUAAUUUGAAGCACUACGAAGAACUUAGAUGCACUCCAGUUAUCAACCAAGAGAGUGGCUGUAUUGUCAGCUACGACUGUAGUUCAAUAUCCAAGCAGAAAAAAGACAAAUGCUAUUACCAAGGAAAAGAAUACUCGUUCGGUGAAGAAUUGGCAUCAAGCGAAAUACUCAGCAAUUGCAUUGCAUCAUGCAGAUGCACCAAUGCUGAUGGAAGGGGAAACUUCAAUUGUGCCAACAUUGAAUGUGCAGAGGUAUUCCAACCAUCAAUAAAAAAAGGUUGCGUGCGACAGUACUCACAUGACUCUUGCUGUUCCAUCGGCCAAAACUGCAGUAAGUUGAUUGAUAAUAAUUUUGCGACAAUGAGCAGUGAAAGAGAGAAACAGGCUCUCAGUUCGCCGGACGGAGAGAAGCAGGAGAAACAACGAGCUACAGUUUCCUCGUCAGCUGUUAAAUCGUCCUCGAGUGCUCUUUCGUACAUGGAUGAACCAUUAGAAAACAUAGAAUCAGUGUAUUACGUCUAUUUCGCAGGUACAUUCGUCUCCCCGUACUGCGAGGACAUAACAUGUGAUAUGGAACUGCAUUAUGCUGAUUACAUCUCGGAAGGCUGCACUCCUGUCUAUUACGGAGAUGACUCAUGCUGUCCUAUUUACUGGCACUGCCCAACUAAGAAUGAUACAAUAGUGAAGGAGGAUGUCGAGAAGGACAAGCUAACGGUUAAAAAUAAAGAUGGUGUCCCAAAAUGCAAGUUUGGCGAUUUAGAAAUGGAGAUCGGGCAAAGACUAGCCCCACCCAUCAGAGAGAACUGCCUGGAAUGCUCCUGCAAAGUACCGCCUUUCAUAUCAUGCGCAAUCAACAUAGAAUGCCAGAAGAAAAACUAAUUCGAUUUUUUAAUCAAAUAACGCACCUCAUUAAAAAAUCAUCUUUCAUAAAUAUACAUUCUAGUAAUUGAAGUAAUUUUAAGGAAUCUUAGGUACAUAUUUAAUACUUUUUAAAAUAAAAAUAUUUUCCAAGAAGAUGUUUUUUUCAAUGGUUUCAUUUGAAAUCAUUUUGUUUGUACAUGUUUUGAUAACCCUACACCAAGUGUGAGUGGAUGGUCAAGUCACGAGAAUGGGUUUGGCUAAAGAGGAUGUUGGCUGCCCUGUCGGUUAGUGCAAAACACAUUUCAAGAAGAACAUAUGCGCACCACUCUUUUCCCAUCUUGCUGCCAUCAUUCAAACCACAUUCACCUGGCAAAGCACUAUCUUUAGCAAUACAAUUAUUCGCUAAAAAAAAUAGUGCUAAUUUGUACUUCCGAUAAUUAAAAUGAAAUGAAAUAUAUAUAGUGAUUCUAUUUUCAGAGAAAUACAUAAUUCACUUAUUUCAAAUAUUUGACAUCUCCUUUUGAAAUCACAUUACAUAAUAGAUCUGAUGUAUAAUUAAAUAUUUUGAAUAUUAGUAAAUGAGAGUUAUCCUUAAAUAAAAUAAUUUCAACAAUAAUUAUAUACUAUUAAAAUAUUUAAUUUUUCGAAAGCUUUUGCGAAUAAAGCAUGCAAAGAUUUGAUUUUAAUACAAUACAAUCCGAUUUUACAGCUAAUUUUGUUAGACAAAUGAAGUCGAUAUAUAUCAAAAUAACGAAUUAACGAUACAACGAUAAGAGAAAACAAUAAUAUGCCACAAAAAAGUAACAACUAGUGAAAAUAACAAUUAUACUGUAAAAGAAAAACUGAAAAUAGUACAUUCAGGAAAAAACAAAAAGGAAAAUACAAUCAGUGAAAGAUAAUAUCAAAAAAUCAAAGUGAUGAAAAACUAUUAAUUUUAUAACUGGAAUAAAAAAAUAUGAAUUACAAGCAGAAAAUUAUCACAAAAAGUAGCAUUUAUAGUGCCGGUUGCACAAAA